AUGAAAACUUUAUUCCUACUAUGCACGGCUGUAACAAUUUUACAGGUUUUAGAUGUAUCCAUCACGAGAGUUUCGGCCCAAAAACCGCCAAGAAGAACUCGUGAUCCAAAUGCAGGGAGAUUAGGGACGCCUAGUCCUUUAAUAAUACCCGUUAAGACUCCAAGUGGCACUAAACCCGCAGACGAUCCAGUCGCGGGUAACAAUCCUGGAACAAAUCCGAACGACGAUGAUUCGGCGGGAGCUGAGCCACCAAAGACCUUUAAAGAAUCGGGUAAAAGAGUUGUACAAACUUUGAAGAAGAUGGCCACCAAUCGGGGAGUCGGUUUAUUAAACGGUUUCACUGGGUUUCUGAAAAAAAGCGGUGGUGCAUUCAGCUUUUUUGGAAAUUUCUUACUAGACCGGGCAAAGGGUGUAAAGGACGUGGCUAAGGAAAGUUUAGGUAUGGUAUCGAGUUUCAGUGACAGCACAACAAGAGGAGCUAAACAUUUGCUCAACAGUGGUAAAGUUAUCGGUUUACAGGCUGGAACAGAAAUGUAUGAAUCGUUGCAAAAAGCGACAAGGUUGGGUAAAAAUUUAACGAAAUUAGGAGGAACUGCUGUGGGCACACCGCUGUCUAUUAGUGAAGACGUAGUGGGCACCGCCAAUCGGCUUGCCAAAGUUCCAAGUAGAGUAUCGAACAUAAUUAAUAACGGCGUAAUAAAGCCAGUUUUAAGUCGUUUCGGAUCGAAAAGCAGCGAAGAACAACCCGAAGAAGAAGAAGAGGGAGAAGAAGAAAAAGAAGAUCCACCCAAACCCUAG